UGUGGCCAUGACCUACGGCGGCAAAACACAUCGGAUCGGCAAACGACAUGAGGCCCAGGAUGUGGACCCCCACGCCCGCCUGGUGAAGCCUCAGCGUGGGCCCUGCUGGGCGCGCCCGGGGACCUCGCCCCUGCCGCGCUGUGGGCCGACGUCCCGGCGGGUUCUGGCGAGCCCAGAGCCUUGCCGUGAAGAUCCCAGGAGCCCGAGCCACGACGCUUCGACGCUUCGCCGCCAGAGCCUGCCGGUGCUGGACGUCACCAGCAGCGAGGCGCUGCUGCUGGCACGGCAGCUCCACAUGGAUUUCCAGGAAGUGAAGUCCAUCAUGCCACCUGGCGCGAAAAAGAAGAAGCAAGAGUUGCGCGAUGUGCCUGGGCAGUUGAGCGUGCUGAUUCUGACAUCGGGUCAUCCCCGAAUGCAUCACGAAAAGUUUUUUCGCCAACCAAAACAUCCCAAGGUGCCACAUUUGCGCAACGGCGGCAUCGCACUGGAGCACUUCCGGCAGCUGCUGCGGCGGCUCUUCGGGGUGGAGAUCUCUCAGCACGUCUUGGAGGAUGAAGAUCAGAUGGGGCCGAGCGCAAUGAGGGAAACCCUCCAGGAAGCCUAUGCCGAGUGCGCUGCGGAUGGACCCAUUGAUGUUCGAAGGUUCAUCACGUGGUACCGUGACCACUUUUUCCAGAUGGAGGCACGCAAAAUCCAAAGGAUUGAGGAUGACUUGACCUUGGAACUUGCGAAAAGGCAUCAUUGCUCACCCAUCGACUUGGAGCACGUGAAGUGCAAGUUCGACGCCUUUGACCUGGACAAAUCCGGCAUCAUCGACCACAACGAGUUCGAGCAGAUGAUCUACUCCCUGCUGCAGUGUUCCAGCUCCUCCGACUUACCACGGAAUCGGCUGCAGCGAUUCUGGGUCGAGGCGGAUCAAGACCGAGCCUUUGAAGUGGUGGAUGGGUGGUCAGGUUUUGAUGACGCUUUGCCGCCUGAGGAGACGGGGUGCUCGACUUUGAAGAGCGGCUUGGCGCGCUGGGGUUCUCGAAGAAAUACUUUGCCUCAGCGAGUUCCCACGGUCUCAUGGAGGCGUUCUAUGCCUCGUUUUUGCCAACGAUCCAGCGAACCGAGACCUUCCACUGAUGCGGCGGACGUCCGUCCUGGGGGACAGACACAUCGAAGUUGGCUAACGGAUCGGUUGACGGCAG